AUGUUGGAUAAGCUUAUCUUAGCUCAGUCCACAAUGAAGAAAGUCAAUUUUGUGUCUGCUGAAGAGAUGGAACCAGUCCAAGAAGGGGAGGAUACACAAUUUGCUGAAGUGUGCUACAUGAGCAAUAGGCAGAGAGGACCAGGUCUAGAGUUGAGAAACCACGUUCUGAUAGGCCACGAGCUGAUAGACUUGUUAAGCCCCUUGUGUCUUGAUGAAGAGAGCCUUCAAGCUUUGUUUGAUGAGCCACUAGGAAGGGCUCUAAAAGAAGGGGAGGAUGCAGCCUCUAAGGCAAGACCAGGUGAGAAAAAGAAAGAUCCACCAGCUCAGGCCCCUUCAGUCAAGCCAUCUCAGCUCACAAUGACCUUGUUCCCCACCAAGUUUGAAAAUGGGAAGAUUGAGUACAAGAUAAGGUACAAGGGGAGAUCAAGGCCAUUCUCUAGAGCCAAGCCUUGGUGA